GAAGAAAGACCAGCAGACCAUCAAUAAUUAUCCAUUUAAUCUAAUAUCUAUCAUCCUCUUUUGAAAAUGGCAAACAGUAGAACCCUGAUGAAAAGUGCGCUGGUCGUUAUUGUCCUGAUGGCUGUGAUUCACUCUGGAUCAGCAGCUGAGAAACUGGCAUCUUGCUGUAAGAAAGUCAACAAACUGGAGAUAACAGAACCAAUCACAGGAUACCUGAUCCAACGACCUACCCAUGAAUGUGUCCCAGCUAUCAUCCUUCAAACAGAAAAAGGUCUCUUCUGCAGUCCAGUGAAGGCCGAGUGGGUUCGUCGCAAAGUUCAGGCGUUCUUGAAAGCAAAAGCUCAGGCCACUACUUCAUCUGUGGUCCCCUCGUCUACUGUCUCCCUCCUCUCCAUCAUCACAUCCACUGCCUCUCCUCCUUCAUCCUCAACUCCUCCUUCAUCUGUGGUCCCCUCGUCUACUGUCUCCCUCUUCUCCAUCAUCACAUCCACUGCCUCUCCUCCUUCAACCUCAACUCCUUCUUCAUCCUCAUCUCUCCCGUCAUCCUCAACUCCUUCUUCAGCCUCAACUCCUUCUUCAUCCUCAUCUCUUCCGUCCUCCUCAUCUUUUCCUUCCUCAUCCUCUCUUCCGUCCUCAUCCUUUCUUCCAUCCUUCCUCUCCACAUCCGAGAUGCCUGCUGGUGAAACCUUUUCAGAAACGGACAACGAGUAGACCCUCAUCUUCACUACCUCCGGCCAAUGACUAGUUUGUCAGAAGUUACCGAUUAUGGACUGAAACAAUAAUGUUAUAGUAAUGUUUGAAAUAGCACUUGAAUAACAUAAUUAUGUCAAUGUAUGACUUUAUGUUGAAUAUUUAGUUUCUUUCAAUGUCUUUUGAGUGACAUUAUUUAUUAGUUUAAUUUAACUGACCAGAGCUGAUAGUAUUCAUGUAUUUAUUACCAAGUGUAUUUAUCAAUGUUUACAAGUUACUGUAUACAACUUUACGAUCAAAUGGUUUGAUGAUUUCAAUCUCUCUGAGAAAAUGUUUUAGGAUAUUUAUUUAUUUGAAAGCCUGUAAUAACUUUUUAUCUAAAGAAGAAGUUGUGCAGCUGUAAAAACAUCUGUCAAAAAUAAAUGUUGCAC